AUGGCUUCCAGAAAGGGCAAAGGGCUUGCCGCCGCUUCGCAAGUCUGGUUCUUCUUGAACGAGACCAUGGCGAGCUCCUCGUUUACCCAGAAAGUCCUCUCACUACAAGAGGUCAAAACAUACAGCAUGAGUCUGAAAACCUGCCUGGACCUCUCCGGAGGAGUGGGCAAUGUCAAGGACUACGCUUUUUACAUACACUCGGAGAGCAUGGCAUCGGCCGUUCGGAUGCUGAGCGACGAAAGUAUCAUUGCGACAUACAACCUCUACUGCCCAAAGGACAGUGUCGUGACAAUCAUUGUUCGUCGAGCCAGCGACCCCUCUCCCAAUACUUCUUGUACCCCGUCGCAUAACAACUCCCUCGCUUCACGAAAAAGCGCGUCCAAGAGCCGUGGAGUCAUUGCUCCAGAACUUUUUAUUCACCCCCGAGUCCGACAUGCAUCUGGCAGUAUAGACAUGACUACUUUGGAAAAGAUUGACGACGAAGAAAACAUGGUCUCUAUUGCUGUGGACGAUCAAGUCAUGACUUUCACAGCCGACUAUCUUCUCGGCUGGAUUGAGUCUCAACUCCUGGAUUUGAAGCACCCUACCCGCAUCACAGUCUGUUCUAUUGCGCCAGAUGGUUCUCAGCAAAGCGUUCUACUGUCGGCUAGCAUCUGGCAGCGACACUUGCUUCGCGGCUCGGGCAAGGAACCCUUUACCAGGAUUUGGGAAGCCUUCACCAUCGCCGAAGCCCAAAGAGAAGAAAUUCUCUCAGAUAUCACGUCUAGAGAUGAUAGCUUUCACAAAAACUGCCAUGACUUCAUCUACGACCUGAGAAACUAUGGCAAUAACAAGUCGUCUCGCAGCCGCUUGGAAAGCAACGGCCACCAGUUCUACAUCGGCGAGCCUUACUUUCGCACUGCGAUUCGUGACAAGCUUCUCCAGCUCCCGACAUUCCGAGGGAAUCUGGAGACGAGUUUGAAAAGCUUGGAGGCCAAACGCGCCGACAGCACUAUUUGCGCGUCGCAUGACUUGUCUCCCAUCUUUGAGGCUGCUCUUGGUGUCUCCUAG